AUGUGUGAACCUUCUAGGUGGGCAUUGCAGUGUCCAGAGAGUACCCUCUUCUACCAUGGUGCUCGGGGACAAGGGCCACCUUCGAGAGCCUCUGUCAGCCUGGAGAUGACCCGUGGAAGCAUCAAGAGGCUGCUGCUUCCAGCAGUGUGUGGCAGAAGUGCUGCAGCAGCUCCCAGUCCAGUGCUAGGAAACAUUCCCCCAGGAGAUGGCAUGCCAGUAGGUCCUGUACCACCGGGUUUUUUUCAGCCUUUCAUGUCCCCUCGGUACCCUGGAGGUCCAAGGCCACCUUUAAGAAUACCCAAUCAGGCCCUUGGAGGUGUCCCAGGAAGUCAGCCGUUAUUGCCUAGCGGGAUGGACCCAACACGGCAGCAAGGGCAUCCAAACAUGGGCGGGCCAAUGCAAAGAAUGACUCCUCCAAGAGGAAUGGUUCCAUUAGGACCACAGAACUAUGGAGGUGCAAUGAGACCCCCACUGAAUGCUUUAGGUGGCCCGGGGAUGCCUGGAAUGAACAUGGGUCCUGGAGGUGGUAGACCUUGGCCAAACCCAACCAAUGCCAAUUCUAUACCUUAUUCUUCAGCAUCUCCUGGGAACUAUGUUGGUCCUCCAGGAGGUGGGGGGCCACCAGGAACACCGAUCAUGCCUAGUCCUGCAGAUUCAACCAACUCUGGAGACAACAUGUACACUUUAAUGAAUGCAGUACCACCUGGACCCAACAGACCUAAUUUUCCAAUGGGGCCAGGGUCAGAUGGACCUAUGAGUGGACUGGGUGGAAUGGAUUCACAUCAUAUGAAUGGAUCAUUAGGCUCAGGAGACAUGGACAGUAUUUCCAAAAACUCUCCCAGUAAUAUGAGCAUGAGUAAUCAGCCUGGCACUCCCAGGGAUGAUGGUGAGAUGGGUGGAAACUUCCUAAACCCUUUUCAGAGUGAGAGCUACUCCCCUAGCAUGACAAUGAGUGUGUGAUGCGUUAACCAGUCUCGCCAUGAAGACCACAGUGAGUUGGCCCUCUUCAGAGAGCUACUGCAGAAGAAAAUUAUUCAUCCCAGUGUACAGUUUAACAAAAGGAUCUCAGAAACAAUCAGACCCACCUCUUUUUUUUUCUGCCAUCUCCCCCAUUUUGUCAAGAAAAGUGGGUCCCAAACAUGAUUGAGACAACUGUAAAGAGUGGCGUAACAGAACUGCCCAAGACGGAACUGCAAACAAUUAUCUGUGUAUGUACAUGUGUGGAUUAAUGUAUAUGUAUGUGUGUGUGAUGUAGAAAUACACACAUACAUAUAUAGACCCACAGGACAUUUUAAAAUAUUAUCCCAUGACAUCUUAAGUAGAAACGAGAAGUGUAGGGACUUUUAUUUCAUCUUUUUUUCCCCCUACGUUUACAUUUUAAUUAUUAAAAUUUACUUUCCCUCUCCCCUCCUGAACUGUUUUAUGUUGCAUAUAUCACUGCUUUAUAAGUUAUUUUUUAAGGUGAACUCAAAUGAUAAAUUCUUCUGAUUUUGUAAAUGUCUGUCAUUAUGGAUAGGAAUAAAAUUGCUUAUAAGAGCUUUCAUUAAGUUGUGUUUGAUAGCAGUUACCCUGUGAAUCACAAACUGUCUCAAGAAAUAGAAGAAAGCUCAUCUUAAUUUUGUGGACAAAUUUAAUAAUUUUCACCUAGUUUGGUGAUUUUUUUUGUAUACUUUGCCUUUAAAAAAAG